CGGUCUGAGCCCCCCCCCUCCCCUCCUCCCGUGUGCUGACCAGACGAUCAGUCCUGACCUGGUAGAACACGAAUGGCCCAGGGAAGCCACCAGAUUGACAUUCAGGUUUUGCAUGACCUGCGCCAGAAAUUCCCAGAAGUCCCCGAGGGUGUCGUGUCACAGUGUGUUUUAAAGAACAACAACAACUUAGACGCCUGCUGUGAAUACCUUUCCCAGGUCAGUCCAGGAUACUUGUACAGCGAAGGAGAGAACCUCAGCUUCUCCGACGAUCCCAGCUUAACCCGCUUCCGCAAUCACAUGACCCAGCUGAACCUGGGCCUGCAGUCUCAGAAUGUGCAUGCGGCCCCAGUGCGGGACGGCUUGAGGAUGAACGGCAGCCGGACUCUGGCCCACAGCCUGAGCGACGGGCCCCUCCAGACGGGCCAGGCCCCGAACAGUGACUUCUUUCAGCAGGAGUCGCAGUCAGCCCCUGCGCAGGUGCCCUCCAGCCUUAAUGUUUUCAGCGUGAUGGAGCCCACACGCAAGCCACAGCCCCCCCAGCACCUGGGACUCUACCCUUUGGGCGUCAAGGGAAUGACCACGGGCCCCCAGCAAACGCCCCGCUUCAACCCCAUCACCGUUACCCUGGCCCCUAACAUCCAGACGGGCCGCAACACCCCUACUUCUUUGCACAUACAUGGCGGGCCCCAGUCGGGCCUGAGCAGUCCACAGGGUAACUCCAUCUACAUCAGGCCUUAUGUUAGCCAGUCUGGUACGACCCGGCAGAACCAGCAGCAAGGUGGCAGGGCCCAAUACAGCCCCACCUCUCAGCCCCAGCAGCAGAUCUACCAGAUCUCCCACCCUUCCUCCUCCCAGCCUGGCUCCUGGACGGGCCCGCAACAUGCCUCUUCACAUACCUCACAGCACCAGACCCAGGGCCAUCAGACAUCCCAUGUCUACAUGCCCAUCAGCUCCCCGACAAAUCCCCAGGCCCCUUCCAUCCUCCAAACGCCCCCUGGAGGCCAGGCCUCCUCUUCCGGUGUCUCCUCUUUAUCAUCUUCCUCAUCCUCCUCUUCUGUCAUGCCCACCACCCUGUCCACCUUCGGCCAGUACAACAUCCAGAACAUCUCCACCGGCCCGCGCAAGAACCAGAUUGAGAUCAAACUUGAAUCUCCGCAGAGGAGCAACUCCACAACCACCACGGCCGUCCUGCGGACCAGCAGUGGACCACGCUCUUCCUCAUCCACCUCCUCCUCCUGCCCUUCCUCCUCUUCUUCCUCUGGCGGGGUGUGCACAGGCCCCACCACCCCUCUUUCCAUUGGAGGCCCGGGCCUGAGCCGCAGCCAGCCAACUGUUUACAUCUCUGCCAGUCCCCCCACUGCUGCUACCACCCCGUCCGAGGAGGGCGUCAUGGCGCCGGUCGGCUCCCGCUCCCAGCCCAAGUUUUACAUAUCUGCCAAUGCCUCCAGCGACGACGGCGGGGGCAGGAACCCCCCCACGGUCUACAUCUCAGCCAACCCCCCCAUGCAGGGGCCUCCGGGAGCCAGGAACAUGGGGGGCGGGGUGAGCAUGGGCCCUGCCUACAUUCACCACCACCCACCCAAGUCCCGAGCCUCCGUGGGUGGGGUGGGCCCAGCGUCUUCGCCUCGCGUGGUUGUGACCCAGCCCAACACCAAGUACACUUUCAAAAUCACCGUGUCCCCCAACAAACCACCGGCCGUCUCACCGGGGGUCGUGUCCCCCACGUUUGAGCCCACCAACCUUCUCAGCCUCCCCUCAGACCACCACUUUGCGGAGCCGGACCCCCUCCACCUGUCGGACCCGCUGUCGGCGCAUAGGGAGAGGCCCAGCGAGCCUCGUCGACUUAGCAUGGGCUCGGAUGAUGCAGCCUACACACAAGCCCUCUUGAUCCACCAGAAGGCCCGCAUGGACAGGCUGUGGCACGAGCUGGAGCUGAAGAGGAAGAAGCUGGAGAAGCUAAAAGAGGAGGUGAACGAGAUGGAGAAUGACCUCACCAGGAGACGGCUGGCGAGGUCCAACUCGGCCUCCCAAAUCCCCUCGAUUGAGGAGAUGCAACAGUUGAGAUAUAAAAACCGGUUACUGCAGAUUGACAUCGACUGCCUCACCAAGGAAAUCGACCUCCUGCAAACAACAGGGCCCAAUUUCAAUCCCAGUGCAAUCCACAACUUUUACGACAACAUCGGAUUCCUUGGCCCCGUCCCACCCAAACCCAAAGGUACUUUAUCCGUUGAUUCAAGUGGCAAGGGCGUGCGGCCCACGGCGGACCAGGAGGAAGACGAGGGGACACAGUGGAACUGCACAGCCUGCACCUUCCUCAACCACCCCGCCCUCAACCGCUGUGAACAGUGCGAGUUUCCACGGCACUUCUGAGCCAGUCAGGGCCAUAACACACAGCCGGCCGCCCAACAACCAAUCACAAGCCCCCACCCCCACUAACACACACACACACACACACACGUCUGCCCUCUGACCCCACCCUGCUCAUCAGCCUCCCUUGCUUUGACAGCGAACAAGCGAUGGUGUUUAGCGGGGAUAAAGAAAAAUUCCCUUUGUUUCC